CCCUUCUCUAUCAUGACGGCGACCGGAUCCACCUCCUUGGGCGCCAGAGUCAUGUGACCCACACAAUGGCUGAGCUCCUGUUGCAGGCUUCCCGGCAACGCCAAGUGGGAGUCAUGACGGCCGCCGCGGGUUCGGCGGGCCGCGCCGCGGUGCCCCUGCUACUGUGCGCGCUGCUGGCGCCCAGUGGCGCGUACGUGCUCGACGACUCCGACGGGCUGGGCCUGGAGUUCGACGGCAUCGGCGCCAUCAGCGGCGGCGGGGCAACCUCCCGACUUCUAGUAAAUUAUCCAGAACCAUAUCGUUCUGAAAUAUUGGAUUAUCUCUUUAAGCCAAACUUUGGUGCCUCUUUGCAUAUUCUAAAAGUCGAAAUAGGUGGUGAUGGGCAGACAACAGAUGGUACCGAGCCCUCCCAUAUGCACUAUGAACUUGAAGAGAGUUACUUCCGAGGGUACGAGUGGUGGCUAAUGAAGGAAGCGAAGAAAAGAAACCCCAAUAUUAUACUGAUGGGGUUGCCAUGGUCGUUUCCUGGAUGGCUGGGGAAAGGUUUCAACUGGCCGUAUGUGAACCUCCAGAUGACUGCCUAUUAUGUUGUGAGCUGGAUAAUGGGUGCCAAACGUUAUCAUGAUUUGGACAUUGAGUAUAUUGGAAUUUGGAAUGAGAGGUCAUUUAACGCCAGUUACAUCAAGGUUUUAAGGAAAAUGCUGAACUCUCAAGGUCUCCAGCAUGUGAAAAUCAUAGCGAGUGAUAAUCUCUGGCAGCCGAUUUCCGCUGCCAUGCUGCUUGACCCUGACCUCAUGGACGUGAUUGAUGUGAUAGGGGCUCAUUAUCCUGGGACACACUCAGUAAAGGAGGCAAAAAUGACUGGGAAGAAGCUUUGGUCUUCUGAAGAUUUUAGCACUGCCAAUAAUGGUACGGGUGCAGGCUGCUGGGCUCGCAUAUUGAAUCAGAAUUAUAUCAAUGGAUGGAUGACUUCAACGAUUGCUUGGAAUUUGGUGGCUAGUUACUAUGAGCACUUGCCGUAUGAGCGAAGUGGAUUGAUGACCGCGCAGGAGCCAUGGAGUGGGCAUUAUGUGGUAGAAUCUCCUAUCUGGGUAACAGCACAUACCACCCAGUUUACUCAACCAGGCUGGUAUUACUUGAAGACAGUUGGCCAUUUAGAGAAAGGAGGAAGUUACGUAGCUCUGACUGAUGGCUUGGGUAACCUCACCCUCAUUGUUGAAACUAUGAGUCAUAGAAAUUCUCAAUGUAUACGGCCAAUCCUUCCUUAUUUCAACGUGUCCCGACAAUUUGCUACAUUUGCUCUUCAGGGAUCCUUUAGUGAAAUCCCAGAGCUGCAGGUGUGGUACACGAAGCUUGGGAAGUCAUCGGCACGGGAGAGACCGCUCUUCAAGCAACUGGACUCACUAUGGCUGCUGGACAGCAAUGGCCAAUUCACACUGCAACUUCAGGAGGAUGAGCUGUUCACACUCACCACCCUCACCACCGGCCGGAAAGGCAGUCACCCACUUCCUCCCGAAUCCCAGCCAUUCCCGUGCAGCUACAUGGAUGAUUUUGACGAUGAUUACCCAUACUUUAGUGAACCUCCGAAUUUCGCUGAUCAGACUGGCGUGUUUGAGUACUACACCAACAUCGAGAAUUCUGGAGAACACCGCUUCACCCUCCGCCAGGUUCUCAACCAGCGGCCCGUGACCUGGGCUGCCGACGCAGCCAGCACCAUCAGCAUCCUGGGAGACUACAGGUGGACCAACAUGACUGUGAAGUGUGAUGUUUACAUAGAGACCCCCGAGGUGGGGGGAGUGUUCAUCGCAGGAAGAGUAAACAAAGGGGGCACGCUGAUUAGAAGUGCCAAAGGAGUUUUCUUCUGGAUUUUUGCAAGUGGAUCUUACAGAGUUACAGGUGAUCUGGCCGGAUGGAUCGUAUAUGCUGCAGGACGGGUUAGAAUCAUAGAGAAAACAUGGUAUACACUCACGUUAACUAUUAAGGGUCAGCUGUCCUCUGGCAUGCUGGAUGACAAGCCGCUGUGGAAUAACGUUCGUGUCCUGUUCCCGAAAAACGGCUGGGCUGCGAUCGGCACGCACUCCUUCGAAUUCGCACAGUUCGACAACUUUCACGUGGAAGCUGCGUGCUGAUGAUACUGAAUAUCGCAGAACAUUCUUUGGAUUUCCUUCCUUCCUUUUCGGUUUUGAUUCAGAGCCCGUUCUUGUUUCGAUGGGCCAAUACAUGGGCCUUUGGACGUUGAAAAUUAUGAACACUAAAUGGAGAGAAGAAUAUAUUUUUGUUUGAUCCUGUGGAAGGUUUUCUUCGAACCAGCUGCAGGAAACGAGUGGCUCUUUAAUGCCACCUGCUGUGCCCUGAAGCUCCACCUGCUUGUUCACCUUGUGCUCCAGCGGGGCUUGGGUGGGUCAGGUGUUGUUGCUUCAGUGUUAUUUGCCGAUGACUAACAGGGUCCUGCCAGAGGUGCUUGCAAAGGCUGACCGUGUGUCUGCAGGAGCUGACGGUCCCAUCAGGAGGCGGAGCUGCUGCAGUGGCGAGCUGAACAACACUGGAAGUGCUGCUUUUGGAAAAAAUCAUGUUAUACUUACAUGAAAAGAUAUUUUUUCUUUUAUAAGAUGAUGCUUUGUGUUGCCUUAGAAUUGCAAGAAGAUUCGAAAAAAAAGCCUCAUUAAUAAACUACCUCUAGAACUAUUUCUGCAGUAAUAAAUAUUAAUGAACUAA